AUGGGAAACACCAGCAGCAACAGCAGCUCGCUGUCGCACCCUGCCGUCGGUGGCCGCAGCCGCCGUCAGCGCAACCGCGACUCCCAGGUGAGGAGCAGGCCGGCUGGUGAGUGCUUAUCUUCGGGUAAGCACUCACCAGCUACAACGAGCACUGCUGUUACUACUGGUGUGACCAGUCCUCAUGUCGCGACUCUUUCCCCCUUGGUAAUAAGUGCCUCCCCGACUGGCAGGCAGCACAGGGACGCCGUGACAGGGGCCAUUGCGGCGUCGUCCGUAACACAGGGCAGCCGCUUCAUCAACCCCGUCCCCUCAACGCACCAGCACGGUCGGCAUGCUCUCUCAUCGCUGCCUGCCCAGAACGUAGAUUCUUCACCGGCGUGUGCAACUGCGGCUGCCGCCACGGAGUCUCAGCACUCUUCAGGCAAAGGGGGACACCUGCUAAGAGGCUCACGGGGAAGGGAAAGGUCAUGUAAUGCAGAGUUGUCGCCGCCGCAACGCCAUCACCCGCAGCAGCGCAAAGUCGAAGGCUUUGCCGAGAUCGGGGUCUCGCGUGCUUGCCAAGCUCACGGGGGCAGCGACAACGUCAACGGUUGCACUGCUCAGAGAGGUUCGGUGGCGGAUGUGCAUGCUGCACGCUCAUCUUCGAUACUGCAGACGGCGACCGGUUCUACAGUGCCGCUGUCGCUCACAACUCCGCUGUCUCUGGAAGGCACCUACUUCGCUGCCACCGAGGUAGGGACGGUGCCACUUGCAGCCGGCGGUCACACACGAGAGGCCUUGUCUGUGACGCGCGGCAGCGACACAGAGGUUGACAUGGACGAGCACUACAUCACCUCCUACACUUCUUUACAAGUCGGCCGCGCCGUUUCUCGGUCGACUUCGAUCCUGAAUGAUGAGGUGCUGCCUGAGUCGUCGAUCUUGUCAUGCUCACCGUCGACUGCGGCGUCACUGCUGCCGCUGCCCGUUGGUAGAGCAGCACGCUUUACCAAGGUGUCGCAGAGUCUGCAAAUGACGAAGAGCACCGCUGGGACUCAGUGGCCAGACGAGUCACUCGACGAGGGUGUCGUUAGCUGCGACAGGAUCAGGGAUAAGUCUGACCGCAAGUCCAAGACUGAAAGCACCAGCGACGGCAGCAGCGGAGGCAGUGGCUGCUUGGGGCGCCGGAAGUCGCGCAGUACCUUGUUUCGCAAGCUCGUAUCGCGGUCCGGCUCUCGUGCAGAGUUAUCGAAGUCACCGUCUCGCUGCGUGGCGAGUGAAGGAGGAGGUAAUGCCUGUGGCGUUGAGGCAAAGUUAGCUGCUGAGGAGGAUUCGCACUGCAGCAAAGACCACGCUACAACGGUUUCGGGGAAGCGCGACUCACUUGCGCCACGUGUCACUGGCCUGCCGCCGUCAAGCGCGCCUGUACCGCUGGACACACAACCGAGGCCCUCUAAAGCAUCGUUGCCUUUCCCCACCUGCGCUGCACCGACGCCGCCAACCUCCUCGAUGACGGCGCAGAGGCCUUCCGUGUUUCAGUCCCCGGCUGCUGAGGGGCGUCCGGAUGGACGUACAACAGCGCACCCGACAGUGGACAAUGUGCGCAGCCACACGAGUGGAUCAAAGGGCCCUCGCGCUGCGGAAGACAUGUCGGAACCGGGGCCGAGUAGGGUGGAGUGUGGCGCAUCACCGCAGCGAGAUCUGGGAGACUCCGAAGGAGCAUCACAUUCUCUCAACCUGGUGUCAGAAACUCAAGUGGCGUGCCAGAACAGCGAGGAGAGCGACUCGACGACGCCGACGGACACCAACUCUGCACCGAUUCUGCCGCCACCGCCGACGGACUCUUUCGCAGAGGCGGUAUGGGGCACACGAGGAGCCGCCUCGCCGGGAACCCCGACGACGCCCACCAACAGCACAAGUCUGUUCUCUGACUACGGUCACGAUAACGGCAACAACGGCGACUGUGCCGCAGUCGACGCAUCGCCGUUGCUCAUGUACUACUCUCAUCAACAACCGCUGCGUCGGAAGGUGCCUGGCAUCCUCGGCACCGGUGUAUUCUCCACCACUACUGUAACGGACACAACGGCGCGAGUGUCGCCACAGUCGCCUUCUGUCUCGCCUCUUAAAGCCGUCUCAGCGGCAGGGUAUGGCGAUUCAGCUGCCGCGGUGGCGGCGGCGCUCCCAUCUUUGGCAGCCGCUGCUACUGCUGCUGGUGCGCGCGUGAAAGGCCGCCGCUCUGUGAGCCAGUCUGUUAUCAUCGCGGCGUGGAAUCGAAUGGGCGCACGCACAGGCGCCCCCGCGAGUGGCAUUGGCGCGGGCGGAGGUCAUCAUGGAGGAGACGGAAGCCCCGAUGUAUCGGCAGAGAUUCUGCAGGCUACCUCCGCACCAGAAAAUUCAAUCGGCGUUGGCGGUGGUGAGCGGACAGCUGCAGCAGUGCCUGCGAGUAGUGCCAUUCAGUUCUCUCGCCUUCCAGCUGCCACGGCAGCUGAGAUGGCAACAGGCGAAACAUCGUCCCCCUGUCAUCAGUGCACCUUCGUUGGCGAUCAGGAGGCAGACAACCCCAUCCAUUCACGCCGCUCUCGCGCCGGUGCCGCUGUCGUAUUACCGGUGCGGCGCCGCUCCGUCGUGACGCGUCAGCGUGGGCCACCUCCACUCUUUUCUCCCUCGCCGGAGGGUGACAAGUCCAGUGACGCCGUGUCCCAGUCGCUCUCUGUCUUCGGUCAGUCCACCAUCCAUGAAGGUGCACACGGGGCGGUUUGGCCUGCAUUACCGCCCGCAUUUACUCAUGCUGCAGGUGAUACCGCUGCUAGUCGUGCAGCAGCACCACCACAGGAGCUACAGCGUCCGCGAGAGGUACGAGCAGAGGGAGAGGAGAAAGAGUGCCCCGCGCCCAGAGCACCGCUGCCCCCGCGUGGACUCCCUGCUGACUUGUGCGCUCUCACUACGACUUCACUCGCCUUCGCAGCGCAGUGGUCGUCGCGACAGGAGAGCCGACGAGGCGACGCCAGCAUGCCAACUACACAGCUGCGGUCGGAGAGUAUCCUCGCCAUCGUAGACUGCGAGGAUAGAAGUGGCAGGGGCUUGGUGGGGGGGCAGGAGCAGCUCCCGAUUCUUGGCACGACGGAAUACAACGAGGAGAUGGAGUCAACAACAACCACGACCGUCGACGCUGAUGAGGAGGAUCGAGGCAAUGAAGAAGGUGGUGCGGCGGAGGGGUAUACGGCGCAAAGAAGCCCUCAGACGCUUGCUCAGCACAAGCCCCGGUGGCAACGCAUCGAUGUACGGCCUCGCCGGAUAUCUACCACGGGGUUCACGACAACGCACACUACCGUGGUUACCACAAGUGCUAGGACUGGCCUGCUGCCGGCUCAUACCGACCGGCCGUACUACGCUCAACCGCGAUUCACGACGAGCAGCUCCUUCGCGCCGAGCACGAGCGCGGCAGCUCCAAUUGGCGCUAUUGCGUGGGUGCACAGCAGCCCUUCCUCGCCACGGUCGUACAGCACGAUCGACUCGCGGCUGGAGACGGCGGCAUCCGCAGAGAACGUAGCAAAGGGGGAGGAAGGCAUCGACGAGUUCGUUCUGAGUCACACGCAAGGUGGUGGCGCUGUGCACUGUCCAUUGCACAGGUCUGGGGAUAGUCGCCUGAAACGGUUCGUGGGGUUCACUGGCAGCCCCCUACACCGACGGUUUUUAUCCCCACCAGUCCUUCCCUCUCGAAGCAACUCCACCUCCUUCAAUACCAUUGCGACCGCACCUCCUGGAGGCAGCAGAGCAAGGGGAGCGGCACUGGUUCGCAGCAACAGCUGUCAGCCGCCGCGCCGGUACUCUCAGCAAGCGCCGACCCGCAAUACAUCGUUCUUGUCCUCGAAAACGCGACUUAUGCCGCAAUGGCGCGAGCGAUUGACCCCGACGCCGAAGCCUACCUCACCACUUUCGUGGAACACCGCCCGGGAUGACAUGGGUGGCGCCGCCGGUGGAUUCCAGUCUACCCCGUGGGGUCGGCGGGGGCUGACCUCGCAAGGAACGCCCCCUCUUGCACACCAGCCCAGUGCGUAUUCCUGUCAGCCACCGCCGCCUCCGAUGUUGGCGGCGUUGCCACACUUGUCGCAACGUCUGUGGCGCGCGAACUCUGACAGCCUGAACAGCGUGCGAUGGCAGGAGGUAAGUCUGCAGACCAGUGGUAGGGGGGCGUCGUCGAACUUCGGCUUUGCCGGGAGCAGCAGAGAUAAAGAUGACACGCCGCCGCGCUACUACGCUCUGGGGGACGAGGGGGAGUAUAUUGACGCUGUGGUGAACGGGGAUAACGCUGAGGACAGCGGCGAUCAUGGUGCGCAGUGGUGCCACGGUUUCCCGCUUAGUGGCGCGGCCGGUAAAUAUACCCGAGAUGACGGCGAUGAGACCCUUCUCUGGUGGGAGAGCAGCGGGGCACCGGUGUGGGGCAUGACGACAUCGCGGACAUGGCAGCGCGGCGACGAAGACGAUGAGAAUGACCGCGAGGAGGAAGGCGAUGAAGGCGAGGCCAGCGAGAACGACGCAGGGAGCUGCAGCAACAGUGACAGUCGCAUUGCCGAUAGGCAUCGUCCGCGGUUGCCGAAGAGUCACCAUUGCCGCCGAUCAGUGGCUCUGCCCUCGGCAAGCGUGCAGCUGCCCCCGCACGAGUCGCACGACGUUUGCAGCACGCCUUGCGACUUUGGUCCCUUGCCGCUAUCGGAGCAGAGCAGCCCGCGUUCUCGGGCUUGCGUGCGGGCCUUUGCCGACAGCGCUGUUAGUCCCCCCCCGACAUGGUACGAGCCGCCGAUGCCGUCCAAUCAAAACACCUUCACCGCUUUCGUUCAUUUAUCAGACAUCUCCGCCUCGCAGCUGCUCGCUGCCGCAGCGACGGCGUUUCAGUGCGGCCGUGACGCACACCUCCGCCGCGCAUCACCAGGGGUGCACGGCGAAGGUGGCCGCCUUGCGAGGUCCCGCGAGGACACGCCGGCCACCGCCGACACGCUCAUCGUGAGUGGCUAUACCUUGCCAGAUGCGUACCUCACCGACGGCGCUGAUGCCAGGGCAGACGUCGUGAGUGCUGCGGGUGGCGCGCUGCCCAUCACCCCGCUCCACUAUUCCGUGAACAUCCCCCCGACCAAUCAUGUUUCUCGAGCAGACACCCCUGUGCUGGUGGCACCCCACGGCUCUGUAGCUAGGCAAACCUCGCAAAGCGCAGUGACCGAAGCGGCGCGCACGAGGUCUGAGUCUCUCGGCGCGCUCUCCGGUGGUACACGGGCUAAGUCGAGAGGCUCCACGAAGGCGCCGCUAGGGCUGAAUGACGCAGCUGCCACCUCACUGGUCGACUCCAACGGCAGCGUUGGUGGCUGUAAUGAUGACAGCGAUGGAGGCAGCGAGGACUCGUUAGUGACGACAGCGCAGCUGGCAGUCAUGCCGAGGCGAACAUCAUUGAGCCUGGAGCCGAUGAGAGUUGUUGCCCCUCCCGUGUCUGAGGGGGAGCGACAUGCGUUGUCGGAGGAGCAGAGGCCGUGGCUUGGCGCCUUCUUGCACUUGCCAGCUUCAUUCCACAGCGCGGCCAAUGCGGCGACUGAAGUGACAGCUUGUACCACUCUGGGCAGUCUUUUCCCGCGCGCCGCUCGGCUCCCCGCCUCGCAGACGCUGCCGGGUCGGUACUUGCGGGUGCAGCGGUGGUGGAAUCGCCACCGUUGCACCUCACUGUCGGAGGGUAGCGGCUCGCUGGACCUCUGUCAGCGUGAAGACGAGAGCGUCAACGGCGAUGGCGGAGGUAUCAUCACCAUGUCCGACGCGGCAUACCUGGAUCAUCUGACGCACACGAAGAGCGCCACCGUUCCGGUGCGGUCACAGACAGUGGCGCCACCGUUGUUUGGCUUGUCGGUGGGUUGUGCAGAAUCGACGGCUGCUGGAUGCGCUGGCCCUCACUCUGGCAGCUGCAGCUGCAGCAGUACCACUUGUGUUGCGGGCUCUGGUGGAGAAGCGGUUGCGACGCCGACCGCCACUGCAGCCGCGACCUCUCUCGCCAUCGUGACCUCGCGGGAGUCGUGUGGCAGCUUGGUGUCGCCGUUGCGGGUGUCUGAGCUGCUGCUGAUGCCGCGGCAUGAAGGCGACGCAGUUGGCGGCAGUGGCGGCACGAGCUCUGGCCCCGGCCUUGUUCUCAUGGAUGAGCGCGUCGCUGGCGUGGUGGAGGAGUAUUCGAGUGGUUCCGGCGCAGAAGUGGCAUCUGCCGACUUUCAUGAGGAAGCCCCCGCCACCAGCGCCGUUCCUGCUGUGGCCGUGCCACUGUUCCCACCGCGUCUCGGUGCAGUGGCGGCAGACUCGAGCGGGUUCACCGGAGCGCACGAGGUGGAGGGCGGAAGCGUUCAUGACGGACAUGCCGCCCUCCAUGUGGACUCUGCGGUGACAGCGGAGCACGGGCUACCGCACCCACCACUUACCACGGAGCUCACAAACUCUCGCGUGGUGGCAACUCCUCUUACCACAUCGCACCACUGUGUCGACGGCAGCCCCACAGGUGAACCUAUCCGAGUAACCCAGAUUGAUAGCAGCCCUGGCGAGCAGAAACUUUUCACAGUACAACGAUUCUCAUCUGAGUCAUCCCAGCCGACGACGUCCUGUGCAGCUGGCCCUCUAGUGUCACCAAUCCACGUCCCUGUCCGCUCGCUACUGCACCUGCACGGAGAGGCUGCGGUAGACACAUGCGCAGUGAGUAGAGCCCAGGCGCGCCCCAGUCGUUACAGUAGACUGGUAAUGUCGCCCUCACCGCUGCACGGAGGGUCGACACCACGCGUGCGCGCACACUUGCACUCGCAGCACCAGCGCCGCGGCCCCAGUAUCGGUCAGGUUGUCUGUCGCUGGUGUGGAGAACCAUAUGCAAGCGAAGCUGUGUGCUCUUUCGCGCGCCGACCACACAGCGUGCUCCGCGAGGAGCGGCGCAUCGAGAAGUCGGUGAAGCGCAAGGCGCAAGCGCUCUUGUGCGAGGGCCAAGUCACGGAGGCAGUAGCGCUGCUGAGGAGCGCUGGAGUAUGCGCGUUAUGA